GAUUGCUCCGAAAUGAACUAUCGAGAACUUAACAGUAACGGCGUAAUCUCUUGGCGAACAAUCGUAUUUCCGCUUAAUACCGGGUGAUAAAAAAUGACAAGAAAUGGAGUAAUCUCGCUAGUGCGUUAAAGUGUAUAUAAUAAAUAAUUGAACUCAUGGUCUGAGUAAACAAAUAGUGAAAUGAGUCAGAGAUUAAGGUACAACUGUAGCUAUGUUUAAAGAGGGGGACAACGAGAAAGGAAAAUAAAAGAAAGAGAAAGUAUAACAGAGAGAGGGAGAAAUACAAAGCUAUAGGGCAGCUGAAGGGAAGUUGGCGUCCAGUUACUGUCGCAACGAUCGCGUCGAAUUGUGUAGUCUCAGGAAUCAAGAGGUUAUUCGAUGAGAAGAAGAUUUCAAUUUAAUCAUAGCCAUGGAUACGGAACUCUCUGAUCAGUUAUAUCGAAUUCAAGCCGUUGAUCGCGCCCGUAAAAUACCCAGCGUGAAUUACUUGUGGGAUAAAUCUACAGAGGUGUACGAACGUGUAAAAGGCACAAACACGUUUGUAAAUUGGGCUUUUGACACCGUUGAAAAUGUGUUGAAUAUGAUGAUAGAGAAGUCCCUGCCAGUCGCUCGAUUGAUGGAGAAACCAAUUUAUACACUGGAUAAAACAUUGUGUCAGGGCAUCGAUUUUGUCGAAGGAAACUUGCCAAUAAUUAAAGAAGAACCCAAACAGAUAUUGAAUCGCACCAAAUCUAUGGUAUCUGAACAUCUCCGUCCUGCGGUAAAAACUUUUACUAAUUUAAAACGGGAAACCAAGCAGAGAGUAAGGGUUAUGACUCUACUUACAUAUUAUAAGGUCCACUACCUACGUAUCUACAGCUGGCAACAAGCCGACAGAGUCAUGUCAACUGAAACUGGUAUCAAUAUUUUAAGAACUGUUGAUAACACUACCGAUUUUGCUGAAGUUAUGUUGAACAAGUAUCUACCUCCAUCGGAGGAAGAGAUUCAUACAGAUACAGAGCGAUUAUGUAGUGAACACGUUAAGCUGCAUCAUACGAUGGAAAGAUUGAGCGAAUUCAGUACUCGAGCAUACAGACGUAUUUAUUACGCAUUAAUGGAGAGGUUGCAGCACAUGUAUAAGAUAGAAAUACUUAUUUUGGUAUUACAUGUUCUUGUGGUCAUUCAGGCGAUCAAGUUUUUGGAAUCGGUAGUGAGUUUAAUUUUUAAAUUAUUUAGUGACUGCCUCUUUUCGUCUUAGAAAUACGUUCUAGUCCGUUUUAUAAUCGUGUAUGCAAUAGCACUUAAGAAAUCAGACUAUUUUUAUUACUUUUACACGAAAUUAUUCCCGAGUAUAUUUUACUUGCAAACUGCGAAUUUUACUUAAUGAGAACGUCGUGAAACGUGUGACUAUUCGCGGAAUAAUUUCAUGGUCCAAAAUGAAUUAAAAAGAAGUUGUGCUCUCAGCCAUGAUAUAUGGCAACUUUUUCUCAUGAUAUUUCGCAUUUGCACAUUUCCGACUUUUUAAAUAAUCUUCCAA